AUGACUAGACUCAUCCACGCCGUUCUUUUCUCUUGGGCCACCUUGGCCGUCGCCCGCGACCCGCAACAACAACCCGCGAAGACUCCUAUCCUGGGCCAGAGCACCUCACAGGGCUGCUUCAACAAGCUCCCGGCCGGCGCUCAGUCUGUAAAGGCCAAGGCUCCUUUCAUCAGCUCGGGAUUCUGCAACGAUGCCUGUCGGGACAUUAACAAAUAUGUCGCCAUUACCAGCCCUGACAGCUGCCUCUGCGCCGACACGUACCCUCCAAAGUCAGCCCUGGUUAAAGACACUCAGUGCAACUACCCAUGCUCUGCCUAUCCGAUGGAGGCUUGCGGUGGUGAUGAGCCUACUGCAUACAGUGUUUACAAUACGGGCAUUGAGUUGGUGGUUGACAAUGAUGACGGCAAGACUGCGGCGACCAUCACCACCAGCAGCAUCACGCCUCCCUCGACUCCUCUGUCAUCUAAGCUUCCUUCGACCUCUACUGAUGGCACCACUGCCGACGAAACCACUGCUGAGGAAACCACUGCUGUGAGCACCCCUACCAAGGGCGUUGCUGCUGAGGGCACCUCUGCCGACAGCACCUCUGCCGACAACACCUCCGGCGCCCAGAGCACCCCUAGCGCCAUUAGCACCGAUGUCCCCAGCGCCGCCGCCCCUAGACUCUCAUCGCCCGUCGGCAAGUUUGUUAGGAUGUUCAAGGUCUUUUUCAACUAG